ACGUGCUAGAUGACUUUCGUUCUUUCGUCUUCGUCGUCGUUUCUUUUUAAUGGGGGCGAUUUGAUUUGCUCGUAUCCUUGCUGCUGCCCUCUCUCGUUUCGUUGCAAGGGGAGGGCAUUGGCGUGGUUCAUACUCGGAUUCGUUGGUCUUUCCUUCUUUAUCGUCGGAUGAUGGGCUUCACACAUGCUCCUCUGAACUCUCCUGAUGGACAUCAUGGAAGACUUGACUAUGAAGAUAACAGUAGUUUACUUUUGAAUGGAGAAAGAAAUGGUUUGGUGAGCCAUGAUCAGGAUGGAAGUUUACUAGGUCCUGCAACAAGUCCCGUAGUGAGUGGAAGAAGAGACGUUAGCAGGCCACUAUCUGGUGUAAGAUCCUUUGAAGAUGAUGUGGACUUAGAAGAUGGUAAAGUUGAAAAGGAAAGGGAUAAACCUUUACGCUAUGAUAGACCUCUAAAGUUGAAUAACCAAGCUUUUCUAUCUGGUCUUGCAUACUGCUUAUCAUCAUGUAGUAUGAUACUUGUCAACAAGGUAGUGUUGUCUGGGUAUGAUUUUAAUGCUGGGAUAUCGCUAAUGCUUUACCAGAACCUUGUUUCAGUCGUAGUAGUCUCCAUUUUGACUUCAUUUGGUGUUGUAUCAACGGAACCACUCACUUGGAAAUUAAUCAAAGUUUGGUUACCAGUGAAUAUAAUAUUUGUUGGGAUGCUUGUCACAAGCAUGUUUAGCUUAAAAUACAUCAAUGUUGCCAUGGUAACAGUUCUUAAGAAUGUUACCAAUGUCAUUACUGCUAUCGGUGAGAUGUACCUUUUCAUGAAGCAUCAUGACAGGAAAGUGUGGACAGCUCUGAUCCUAAUGAUAGUUUCGGCAAUUUCUGGAGGGAUAACGGACCUAUCAUUUAGCUCAAUUGGCUAUGCAUGGCAAAUCUUAAAUUGUUUUCUGACAGCAUCCUAUUCGUUAACACUACGGCGAGUUAUGGAUACUGCAAAGCAAGUCACCAAAUCAGGGAACUUAAAUGAGUUUUCAAUGGUUUUGCUUAAUAACAUCCUUUCUCUUCCUCUGGGACUUCUUCUUAUAUUUGCUUUCAAUGAAGUUGAUUAUCUUUGUAAAACGCCACUUUUGAAGAUGCCUAUGUUUUGGCUGGUGGCAACUUUAAGUGGGUUUCUAGGUCUUGCUAUCAGCUUCACUUCAAUGUGGUUUCUUCAUCAGACAGGUGCAACUACAUACAGCCUUGUAGGAUCGCUAAAUAAGAUUCCGCUUUCAAUUGCUGGAAUCCUUCUUUUUAAAGUUCCGACCAGCUUUGAGAAUCUGUUGAGCAUUGUUUUUGGUCUCUUAGCUGGUGUAUUUUUUGCUAGAGCAAAAAUGCGAUAACAUAAACAUAUUAACAUUCCCAAUCUUUAGAUUUAAAACCGCUUCAUUACAGUAUAACACAAUCACUUCUAUCAGAGAGAAUUGAGAAGCGUGAUAGUGAAAUUAUUUCAUACGAUGGCAACUACAAGAUCACACGAGGAAACUUACGAAUAGCUAGACCUUCAAGGCUAGUGAAACGUUAUUGUCAGAGAAUCAUCAUUCAUGAAAGGGUUUACGUUAGUCAAGGUCAUCGACUUGGAUGGGGCGAAGAGGCAUUGGAUACAGUAACGAUGUUAUAACUCUAUAUAUUUUUUAAAUUACUUAUAGAAGGAAGAUGCUUCGAAGUCCUCUUGUUUAGUUUUAUUUUGUCAUGUAUUAGCUGGCUUUAGUUAUUUAAUUGAAAAUAUUUUUAAUGAUUCUUAUUGACUGUCAAAGUUCUUUUUAAAGGUUUCUUGGGCUA